CUCGAAUCAGCAACACCUUCUAUUUUUCUCCUACCAAAUUCCUCUCUCCAAAUUCACCUCCGUUCUUGAAAUCCCGGCGACCCUCGCGACUGACCCAGAAAAACAAAAAGACAGGAUUUUUGUCUUUUUGACAUAGAUACAGAGCAGAAAUAUAUACAUAUUUCUGGUGUCUUUUUGACUAGCCAUAUAGAUAUACAGAGUCCAAGAAAUGAUAGAGGAAGAUUCAAAUUGGUUUGUUAAAUGGGAAGAGCAACUCCCUUCCCCUGAUGAGCUUAUGCCCAUUUCCCAAACCUUAAUCUCUCCACAUUUAGCCAUUGCUUUUGAUAUCCGGAACGCCCCCAACAGCUGCAGCAGCCACCUUCCUCCGCCGCCACCGCCGCCGCUGUCGACGACCCCUUCUUCUCAGCCCAACUCCUCUGCCGAAUUUGACUCCGCCGAUUUGGGCGGCGGCGGAGACGAGCCUGCCCGGACUCUGAAGCGGCCGCGCCUCGUCUGGACGCCGCAGCUCCACAAGAGGUUCGUCGACGCGGUGGCGCAUUUGGGGAUCAAGAACGCCGUCCCCAAGACCAUAAUGCAGCUGAUGAGCGUGGACGGCCUCACCCGCGAGAACGUCGCCAGCCAUCUCCAAAAGUACAGGCUUUAUCUCAAGCGGAUGCAGAACCUGUCCAACGGCGGGAGCACCUCGACGGCCGGCGUGGAUUCCGCCACGGACCACUUGUUCGCGAGUUCGCCUGUGCCGGCCCAUUUCUUGAAUCCGGCGGUGAGACAUAAUCCCGACCCGUUCAUUCCAUUUGCAACAAUGCAACACCAAAUAGCGGCGGCGGCGGGGGCGGCGGGCAACCACCAUCCGCAGCUUCAUCGGCAAUAUGGGUAUUUCGGAUCACCGCCCAAUGGGCAAUUUGAGCGUCCGUUUCAUCUAUCUCACCACCACCGUGUAAAUAAUAAUAAUAAUAGCAGUAUUGGGUCCGUUUUGCCACGAUCAUAUAUGGAACCCGCCGCUGCCGGCGGCGGCGGGAGGAAGGUCCUUACACUGUUUCCCACCGGUGAUGAUUGAUUUUUCAUUUUUGGGUAACUGUUCGCCUACCUUUCUUGAUUGAUUAAAUUGAAUGUAAUUUCCCCGUCCAUUUCAUCCCAUUCCUCUGAAAAAUUCAAUCUUUGAAUAGAGUAAAAUUACUGUCCAUUUGGAAAUGGAUCUCAUGGAAGUGUGAAUCACCAGUCACCACCUAAUUGAAGUCCAUCGUUGUCUUGCGUUACUUUCAAGAAUUAGGAUCAUGUGAAUAGUGUGUGGGCUCUACAGGUAAUGGAUAAUGAUCAUAGUUGAUCACUAUGUAUGUGUGGAUCUAGUACCAUCAUCACUUUUGGACUGGUUAGCUAGGGUUCUAAGUUAAAAAUGCAAGUAAUAUUUAAUUAAGUA